CGACAGGCGAAAUCCGCAGGCCAACCUCUGAUUUACGUUUCCUCCGUGAAAGGCUUUUCUUAACACUAUACCACUCCAUUUCUGCACACCCGAAAUGGUCCAGAACACUACUUGGGAAGCUAUCCAAUCCAAGGGCAAUGCCUUAUUGAGCCCAGCCGUCUUGACCACCAACGGCUCCAACUUGGUCUUCACGUCCGGCGCGCUUGGGACUGACGCAGCGGGUGAGAUUCCAGACGAUGUCACCAAACAGACCGAGCUUGCCUGCCAAAAUCUCUUGAAGGUGCUUGAAGUUUCCGGCUCCUCUGCCAGCAAGAUCCUCAAGGUCUUGUUGUUCGUUAGCCACCCGGGCUAUGCCGGGGCUGUUAAUGAAGUCUACGCCAAGUAUUUCCCAGGCUCCCCGGGUAGAUCUUGUAUCGUGUAAGUAUCCUCAGAUAAGCUGUCUUACCGUUUACUAACCUGACUUUAGUGUUGCUUUCCCAAACCCAGCCGUGAAGGUUGAGUUGGAGUGCAUCGCCGAGUACGAUCCGAAGGCCGUCAAGGCGAAGUUGUAAUCACCAGGGACUUG